AUGGAGGAUAAUGUAUUAAUGUCAAACGCAACAGAGGCGAAGAAAACAAGAAGCAGCCGAGGUCGUCAACGAAUUGAAAUCAAGAAACUGGAAGACGAAAGCAAACGUCAAGUCACUUUCUCCAAACGUAGAAGAGGGUUGUUCAAUAAAGCUAAAGAGCUUUCCACAUUGUGCGGGGCAGAAGUUGGUAUCCUCACAUUAUCAAAAUCUAGAAGAGUAUACACCAACGAUAAUGUAGAAGCAGUUCUUGAUCGAUAUCUAGCCGAGUCAUCUGGUCAGGGUAAUUAUUCAUGGAUAAAGCAGAAAGAAGUUAAAGAAGAUAUUAGUGGUGGGUUUUGGUUGGAUCAGCCGAUUGAGAACAUGGGUCUGGUGGAACUGCUGGAAUAUGCGAUGGCGCUUAAUGACUUGAGAAAAAACGCAGAGGCUAGAGUGGAGGAGCUGAGCAUUCAAAAAUCUACUUGUUUAUGGCAAUAUGUUGCUGAUCAGGAAUUGAACAAGGCACAGUUCUUACAGCAGUUAAUGGUUGGGGGAAAUUAUGAUUGGUUUCGCGACUCUGACAAUUUCACUCCUGUUGAGCAUCGUUAUUGA